AUUUAUAGUGUACAGUCAGAGAAACAGAAAGGGAGGGUAGGAGGAGAAGCUGGGAGGAGAGUUGAAUUAAUGAAUUAAAAAUGCUCUAAAACAUUUGGGUUUAUAUAGAGAGGCAUGCAGGGGGUCCUGGAGGAGAGGACGGCACGGGCUUCUUUAACUUCUCUUUGAGCAGACACACAGGACUCCCUCGCCGCUGCUCAUGCAUGGAGACGUACUAGCUGUGCUCAUCUGAUUACAUAAUGACCCAGUAACAGGGAGCUGGAGCCGGUGCCGCCAGUACCACAGUGCUGGGAGACGCCGACCGACCGCUGGGUAAUCCUCAUCCAGGCCUCUCCUCUAACAGGCAUUUUAUCCGAGAGUGUUUCCUUUUUGAAGUAAAGGAUGAAACUGAUGUAGAAGGACUGCAUAAGAAAAUGUGAUGUCAGCAAGUGCACAUCAUACAAAACCCCAGAAAAAACCCUUUUCUUUUGUCUGUCGUUUCUCUGAGACAGACAGAGUUGUGUGUCACUGUGUACAGGACAGUGAAACCAAUUCAGUCUUCAGGUCUCUAAGCUGUGGUCAAGGUGAAAGCACCAGCUAUGACCUCAGCCACUCCUCCAUCCUCUGAAGGCCCCUCUCCUCAGAAAGUUUGCCACUCCCAGACACAGACGGACAUCACCAAGCCCCUGCUGGGCUCCACAGGGGGGACUGGAGGUGCUAACGCAGGUGGAGCUAAAACAGGAGCUGGAGGGCUCAGUGCUCUUCGAAGGAGGCGCCGUGUCCUCUCCAAAGAUGGGCGAAGCAAUGUGCGCAUCGAACACGUAAGCGGGCGAGGGGCGCUGUACCUCCGUGACCUCUGGACAACCUUUCUGGACAUGCAGUGGCGCUACAAGUUCUUUCUGUUCUCUGCCACCUUUGCUGGGACCUGGUUCCUGUUUGGACUUCUUUGGUACCUGGUGGCAUUGGUGCAUGGAGACCUACUGGAGUAUGACCCUCCCUCCAACCACACCCCAUGUGUAAUGGAGGUGAAGACCCUGACAGGGGCCUUCCUCUACUCCCUGGAGUCUCAGACUACAAUUGGCUACGGUUUCCGCUGCAUCACGGAGGAGUGCCCUGUCGCCAUCGUCCUGCUCAUCUUCCAGCUGGUCAUCACCAUGGUGAUGGAGAUCUUCAUCACUGGCACCUUCCUCGCAAAAGUUGCUCGUCCCAAGAAGAGAGGCGAGACGGUGAAGUUUAGUCAACAUGCAGUUGUAUCAAAUUAUGAAGGCCAGCCCUGCCUCAUGAUCCGAGUGGCCAACAUGCGCAAAAGCCUGCUAUUAGGAUGCCAGGUGACGGGGAAGUUGCUUCAGACACCCCUGACAAAGGAGGGCGAGACAGUGCGGCUGGACCAGCGCAACGUGCCUUUCCAGGUGGACACGUCCAGCGACAGCCCCUUCCUCAUCAUCCCCCUGACCUUCUACCACAUUAUUGAUGAUAACAGCCCCCUCAGAGCCUGGGCAGCAAAAGGUGGUGGCUGGACAGACCCGGAGCUAGCUGACUUUGAGCUGCUGGUGAUCAUGAGUGCUACAGUUGAGCCAACAUCCGCCACCUGCCAGGUUCGAACAUCCUACCUUCCGGACGAGAUCCUCUGGGGCUACGAGUUUCCCCCUGUUGUCUCUCUGUCCCCCUCAGGAAAAUACGUGGCAGAUUUUGCCUUUUUUGACAAAGUGGCCAAAACCAAAACCCCUCCCCUGUUUAAGACAGCCCUGCCGCCAACCCCUCAGUCACAGGCAUCCUGUUACCAUGGGAGCAAGGAGGAUGGGAUAAACAAGGAGAAAAUGCGACUGGCGGAGAGCUACAGGGGAGAGGAGAGGGAGCGAGAAAGGGGGCGCAUCAGAGGUAGCAGCCCACUGAGUGUGUGUAUUAGUAAUGUCUGAGGGAAACCAGACAGGAAGAGGUUAUGGAAAGUUGAUGUGAAACUGAGAAAAUGUAAAAACAGAAAUAAAGUUAAGCUGCUUAACAGAAGAAGUCACAUUCUAGCCUAAAAACCAUUUCCCCCACUUGUUGACACACAACAGGCUGCCUAUGCGAACUGUUAACCACAUGACAGGAAAAUAAACACUUGGGCGUUGUAUUAUCGUGCUCACCGAUCAUGUGCAGACACGCUGCCUCUGUGCUACUGCACCCACAGGUUUGUAGAGACGACACUGAAGGUGUGACUGUGAAGGGAGCGAGUUGCAAACCCGAUAUGUACAAUGUACAGCCUAACAUCACCCACUGAGGCAUUUUCUAAACAUAUUUAUAUUUUGGAAAAGACUUGAUUUAUUGUAUCUGGAGGAUAUUUUAACUCUGCAAAAAUCUUCUUAACUUGUCAUUUCUGUUUAUAAUGUACAGUAGCUCUAGGGUAAUACAAUAGAGAAAAUGAGGUAAUAUCUGGUGCGCACCACAUAUGGUCUUAGGCUCACAAGAAGGUUGAAAUUUAAUUUAAUUUUAUUUAGUUUUUUGCUUGCCCACUUAGGGGCUCCAUACCAAAAUGAACUUGAUUCAGAAAAUAGAAAAAGUUAAGUUCUAUAUUGAAAACACGAAAAAGAACUGUAACCAUAUUUGCAAAUAUUUCACUUUUUUUUAAAUAUUGGACAAAAUAUAUACAAAAAAGUGGAACCAUAUUAUUUUUUUUUUUAAAUGAAACAGUUUAAAGAAAUAUUGCAUAUUUCUUAUACAAGUAGUUUCUAACAUCAUUACUUGUUACACCUGAAACUGCUUUGCUCUUUAUGAAUGUCUUGCUUUGUUUACUGGAGUAAAUGUGGGGAAAUAUAUUUAGUAAUAUUACUAAAAGCACUUUAACUUGAAGGAAAAGUGGCAUUUCAUGCAAGUGGACUAGCUGAACUAACUUUAAUACUUGAUGCACUGUAAUAAUGAAAUUGGCUUCGUGGUUAAUUUUGCGGUUUGUGAGUGUGGGUGUAUGUGUAUGUGUAUACUUGCAAAAGGGUAAUUCUGUGUGUGUUAUAAUACUGUUUGUAUAAAUGUAUUUUGGGAAGUGUUUCACAUUUCAUGCACAGUACUGUAUGUGUAUGCUUAUGUACUUGUGUACAGUAUAUAUACAAAUAUUUUUUCAUUUCUUUCUGUCCUGACACUUGAUACACAACUCAGCAUUUUCGAUAUACCAUGUUAAAGCAGAGCAAGCCCAGUGACAGUUGAAAUUUUAUAGACAGAUUGCUUAGGAACUUUUUCUAUACUUACAAGUGUUUUUGUUUGCAUGGUCAACAGAACAUGUUAUUAAAAGCAUUGUCAUACUGAUGUUCGUUGCCAAUAUAUAAAAAGUAUAAAGCGUUAUUCAAAUGAAAUCCUGUGCUGCUGCAAACAAGCUCAAUGAAAAAUAUUUGACAUAAGUGAAAAUGAGAGGUUGUGCUUGUUUAUACCACGCAGCCUAAUGUAUAGAGGAUAUGAAUCAGUGUAAUCAGUCUAACUGGUAAUGUACUGUUUAGGUGCAUCUUAAUAAA